GUACAAAACUAUUGAAACUAGCAUAGUAGAAGCUCCAGUGACCUAUGUAGAGCAAGCAUUGCCCACAAAGGCAUCAGAGCCCCCAGGAGCAACGCAAGAUAUGUUUACAUCGACAGAGGAGACCACCAUUACCAUAAUGAAAAAUAUGGAGUCACAGAUUCAAGAACUUCAAAGUGUUAUACAUCUUAAAGAUGAAGAAUUAUUGAAGUAUGCGAAUCAGAAAGACUUGCUCGACCAGCAAAUGAAAGAGAUCGAGCAGCUGAAUAAUAGACUGCAGGAUACGAAGAAAGUAAAGCGGGACAUUUCUGAUGCCACAAGAAAGGAUGGAGAAAGUCAGGAGAGUGAUGGCGAAACCAUUACAGAAAACAAGGAGGUUCAGAAAAACUCUGCCUUAGAAAAAGAACUGGAGGAGACUAAAAUGGCAAUGGCUUUGUUAAAAGAAAAGCUGGAGAAGGUGAAAGACAUCAAUACCAAAGAUGGCGUAAGUCAAACGUACCACCAAGAAUCCUUAACAGAAAAUGAGGAAAAUGUUCUGCAGAAGGUUGGAGAAGAUGAUGGUAAGGUCUUACCAAUAAUUGCAAAGCUUGAGAAAACAAGAAUGGAGAUGGAUUUGUUGGAAGAAAAGAUGGCCAAUGUAAAGUUGUUUCAAGGAUCUGAAGAUGUAAAGGAAAGUGAUGAAGGUAACAAAGAUGGACGCCAAGGGGGAACUCUCAAACCAUCAAAGAGUGGAAAGGCAGCAAUAAGCCAGGAAAAACAGGUUGUGUUAACUUUUACAAAUACUCCAAAGGAUAUGGAGUUACACAUACAGCAGCUUCAAAACAUCAUAAGUCUCAAGGAUGCAGAAUUGAUGGAGUGGACGAAUCAGAAAGAUCUGCUCAAACGGCAAGCCCAAGAGAUAGAGCAGCUCAAGGCAGAGCUCCGAGAGGACAGAAAAGACUCAAUGGAUUCUGGUGCCACAACAAAGGAUGGGGAAAGUCAAACAAGCCAUAAAACAAUUACUACAGAAAACAGAGAGGUACAGAAGGACUAUGACAGAGACAACAUCUUACAAGCAGAGCUCCAAGCGACAAAAAUGGAAGUGGCUACAUUAAAGGAAGAACUAGAACAGCUAAAGGAGUCUAAACAGAUAGAAGCCUCCAGUGAGGAAAACGUCCAUAAAACAAAGCGUGACAAGAGGGAUACUGAAGAAGCAGAGAAGGAAAAGCAAGCAGAGCCAAGCCAAACUAUUGAGACAUCCACAGAGACCACCAAAAAUGUUAUCCACAACGUGGAGUCACGGUUACAAGAUGUGAAGGUAGAAGAAACCUCCAGCCUGGUGGAGACCAAUAAAUCAAAACUCGACAAGAGGGAUACUGAAGCAGCAGAGAGGGAACAACAAGCAGAGCGAAGCCAUGCUAUGGAGACAUGCACAGAGGAAACCACCCAAAAUGUUAUCCAAAACAUGGAGUCACGGUUACAAGAACUUCAAAAUGUUAUACAACAGAAGGACUUGGAAUUGCAACAGUAUCUAAACCAACAAAAUCUAGUGAGCCAGCAAACAAUGGAGAUUGAACGGCUACAGGAUGUGAUUGAGACAUUAAAGCAUAAAUUGGAAGUCGCUGAGCUAAUGAAGUCCUCCAUAAUUAAGACGGAAGGUGAAGAGCAAGUGAGAGAUAAGGAGAAGAAAGUGAGACAUCUAAUGAACGGCGAAACCACUGACACCAAUUCACAUGACACCAGUGUAGAUGUAAGGCAAGACUCGAGGCAAAUGCUAAAGGGUAAGGAUAAUAUAGACGGGCAAGAUCCUUCGCAAGGCAAAUCUAGUGGAGAUGAAACGUAUGAUAGUGGUGUAGAUGGGACACUGAGAGAGAGGACUGCACAGCACUUGGCAAACCAAGUUCUUCUCACUUCUGUACAAGAGACAAUGCAGAACACAAUAGACACAAUGGAGUCUCAGUUGCAGGAAAUGCAACAAGUUAUUAAAGAGAAGGACUUGGAAAUGUUACUGUAUUUAGAAGAGAUUAAAACACUAAAAGAACAUGUUAUAGCUGAAAGUGAUCAACAUGGUCAAAUGAUGGGGGCCCUGGAGGACACGCUCAGGGAAAAAGUGGCUGCAGCUCUCGUGAGUGACGCCCAGCUGAAAGCCAUUCAGGUGCACACUAAAAAGUUGCAGGACGAUGAUAGGCCUUUCACGCUGGAGGAAGAAGCGAGAACGUUGCAGGAUCUUGGCGGUAAACCUUCUGCGGAGGAGGAAGCCGAAUCAAAGUUAUCGUCGCUCUCUUUGAGACUGUUGGAAUUGGAGAAGCAGCUGUCCGACCUCCAUGAGCAGCUACAGGUGGAACGGCAACAGGUUCACAUAGCAAAUGAAAAGGCGGCCGAGAAGGAGCGACAACUCUGUGAACUGCAGAAAAUCUUGGAAAGCAGCUGGGGCAAUAAGGACAUAAACUGGGUUAAGAGUGAAGCGGACAAUGCUGAUGCUGCACGCUCCCAGAGAAUUGUUAUACAGUCCGAGGACAACACUGCGACCGAUUUGGAAAACGUGCUCCAGAGUGUUAAGGCAGAAGCGACGGCUACUAAAGAAGAGCUUUGCCAUUACAGAGAGGUGGCCGAGAAGCAGAGGGAGGAGCUCAUGGUCAAAGAAUCCAACUUGGCACAUCUGGAAGAAGAUCUUCUGGACGUGAGGAGAUGUCUCGCUCAUGCGGAGGAGAAGCUGGCGUCCUACAUGAAGAAGGAACUUCAAGAAGAGGAGCAACGACAAACCAUGUCGGGUGUAGACUUCACAGAUGGGGCGAGAAGCCCAGGAUGGAGCGGCAGGGAGAGGUCAACGUCCUCAUCAUCACAGACCGACGUGGUCCCGAGUGUGAACACCAGCAACCAGACAGUGCGAGUCCAUCACAAGAACAUUGGCGUUCAGAAAGAGCUGGAGAGCGCCCGCCUGGGCAACACCUCUGAGGAAGUGGCCGAAUUAAUGGAGCGCUACACGGAUAAGAUCAGCCAGAUGCAGGAGCUGCACGCGGCCGAAAUCCUGGACAUGGAGGCCAGACACAUCGGUGAGGCAGACGCCCUGCGGAGGGAGCAGUACACCGUGGUGCAGGCUCUGACCAAUGAAUGUGACGCUCUGAAAGCUGUGAUCGAGGCCUUGAAAUCUUCAGGUGGGGUUGUUCCAGAUGCGGCACUGUCUCCAUCAUAUCACCUCACAGACGCUGCCUCUAGUGAAUGUGAUUGGAGCCAGGGAACCUAUGACGCUCAGAGCCUUGACCAACUCCCAGAAGGACUGAGAGUGGAAGAUGACGUCCCCGCAGAAUUAAUUCCAAGCAAGAUCAAGGACUUGUUACGAGCCGUCCAUCAGGAGGGGAUGCAGGUGUU